UGGUGGUUCUACCUACAGGAUAUGGUAAAUCUUUGAUUUUUUACUUGCUUCCUGCCUUGCUUUAUGCGAAGAAGCAUGGUGUUUCGAAAAGCGAAAUAAACAUAACAUCAAUUAUUGUGGUUGUAUCACCAUUAAAUGCGCUGAUUGCUAACCAGAUCUUGCGGUUGGCCUCUAGCGGAAUUCGGGCAACUGUUGUCGACGUAAGAUCGUCAAUAGAAGUUGAGGAAGAGGACAAAGAAAUACUUGCCUGCGACUUACGUCUGAGCGACAAAGCCAAGCUUGAAAUUGGACACUAUAACAUUGUGUUCGCACACCCUGAAACGUUUGUGUCAUGUGCUUAUGGAAGGAAGUUAAUGCAGAGUGAACCUUACCAGGAAAAUGUCUGUGCGAUUGUUGUAGACGAAGCCCAUUGCAUCUUGGAGUGGGGUAAGGAUUUCAGAGUGGACUAUGGCAAUUUGGCUGUUUUGUGUGCAACAUUUUCAAGUGCUCCAGUUGUAGCCAUGACUGCCACAGCAAAUAAAACUGAUAGAGAAUUAAUCAAAAAUUCAUUGGGUUUGAAAUUGUGUGCAGAAGUAGUUGGCAAUCCUGACCGAAGAAAUAUAAAAUAUGAAAAACAUUUUCGAGGUGGACCAGAUGUGGACUCCCUAGUAAAAAUCCUUACUCCCAUUGCUGAAGAUUUGUUAAAGAAACUGACAAAUUAUCCCUUAACAAUUAUAUACCUUCCUUUGAAAUGGUGCGGAUUUGCGUAUAAGAUAUUUGAAUCAGUUUUGGGAAACAGCCAGUACUUCCCAACAGGAUCAGCAUCAAUACCUGAGAACAGGCUGUUUGCUCAGUUCCAUUCACCUCAAACACAGGAAAUGAAAGAUGAAGUGUUAAAGCAGCUGUGCUCUUCAGAAAGUACCAUAAGGGUGGUAUUUGCUACAGUGGCUCUGGGAAUGGGGGUUGAUAUUAAGGGCAUUAGGUGUGUUGUUCAUGUCACCCCACCAUAUACUAUCCAGGCUUACUUCCAAGAAACUGGCAGGGCUGGAAGAGAUGGACUACCUGCAACUGCGAUUCUCCACUACAACAAUCGUGACAUUGCCAAAAACAAAACAGGAAUGCAAGAAGAAAUUAGGACUUUUUGCCAUAGUGAGUCGCAGUGUCUUAGAAUAUAUUGCUCAGUUCACUAG